GUUUGAUCAAGCCUACAGAAAGUGUUGUCAGCAUCUGUGAAGAAACGGAGAAAUGUUUUCAACGACUACUUGCAGCAACUGAUGGCAGUCUUCCCCCAUGAAGCAGAAUGGAGAAGUACAGCCCUGGACUCUCCGAGUCCUCCAAGAGAGCCAUCAGGAAGGCUGCAAAAAACUAUUCACCUCAAGGUGAGGAUUUGUUCUACCAGGGGGCUGAUGGCCCCUUGAGGAGGAUUGUCUUCACUGAGGAGAAGAAGAUGGCCAUCCUUGAGGAAGCCCAUGCUGGCCAUUUUGGACGAGACAGGAUGAUGGAAAAGAUCAGGAAGAGGUUCUAUUGGCACAGCAUCACAGCAGAUGUUGACGACUGGGUCAGUACCUGUGAACAAUGCCAGAAGUUUGAGAAGGUGAAGACGGAGUCACCGGAGUUGAAGCCAAUCAAACCAGUAGCCCCGUGGCACAUGAUCGGUGUUGACCUUAUUGGACCUCUGAAGGCGUCGCAGAAAGGUGGUAAUACCUACUUGCUGACUGCCACCGAUUAUUUCACCAAAUGGGUGGAGGCUAGACCCAUUUUGGCGAAACAAGCUGAACUGACCUCUGCGUCUUCCACCAAGUACUCGCCUUUUCGUCUGAUGUAUGGACGAGAGCCACGGUUGUUUUCAGAGAUUGCAGGUGAUGGUCCAGCUGCAGAUGAUCCAGUUGCAGAAGUAGAAGAUGAGGACAUCGAGGCCUUUGUUCAUGGGCGGGCUGAAGCGGACGCAGAUGUCUUUGACAAAGUACGUCAGAACAUAGAGAAGGCCCAGGAGAGACAGAAGGCAGCCUAUCUUAGGAGGAAGAAGAAGAACACGAAGCGGUUCGACUUCAUUCCUGGCACGGAGGUGCUCAAGAAGAAUGAGCGGAAGCGUGGCAGACCAGGCAUGACCAUGCAACCAGACUGGCCAACCAAGUAUAGGGUCAUCGGUGUGGAGGACAAUCUUGUCCAGUUGGAGACCAUGGACGGAAAACCCCUGAGUACAAAGCUUUAACCCCUGAGUGUAAGCUUUAGCCUAUUGUGUCUGUCUGAAUGUGCUCAUAUACACAACAAACAACAAGAACGAUUCCAUGCAGAGGCUUCCCUGCAGAGGUUCAUAAACAGAUGAAGUCCAGUCCAGACUACCCAGACAAAACGUGCAGCUAAGAAGAUGACUGAAAAGGAUACUUGCUCUUGGCUGUUCCACCCAACCAGUUUAAUCAGACAUGUUCUCUUUUUGU